CACCGUACUGACAACUCUCCUUCCCCGCAGAGACGGCGGCGCGGCGGCAACCAGUUCCUCGACAUCGAGGCCGACGUUGACGAGGACGAGGACGAGGAGGAGGAGGAGGGAGAAGAGGGCUUCCAGGCUGGCGACUUUGGCGACGAGGACGGCGACGCGGCGCACCGUCGGCUCGACCGUCGCGAGAUGGCGGCGCGCGACCGCGAGGCGAGGGCCAAGGCCGAGGAGCUCGACGCCCGGUACAAGCGCUCGCGUUACACGGCCGAGACGACCGAGGGCUUUGCGCCCAAGGCCCUCCUCAUGCCGAGCGUCAACGACCCGAGCAUCUGGGGCGUCAAGUGCAAGAUCGGUCGCGAGCGCGAGCUCAUCCUGUCGAUCUCGCGCAAGGCGGUCGCCAUGGCCAUGGCCGACAACGGGCAGCCGAUGGAGAUCAUCUCGGCGUUCCAGCGCGACUCGCUCAAGGGCUACAUCUACGUCGAGGCGCGCUCCGAGGGCCACGUCCGCAGCGCGAUCCAGGGCCUCGUCGGCCUGUACGUCAACGGGCCCAACGGCAUCUUCCUCGUCGACCUCGAGGAGAUGCCCGACCUGCUGCGCACCAAGCAGAAGCGCGUCGACCUCGAGCCCGGCGGGUGGGUCCGGUUCAAGCGCGGCAAGUACGCCGGCGACCUCGCCCAGGUCAUCGCGCCGUCCGAGAACGGCGACAUCGUCGCCAUCAAGUUCAUCCCGCGCAUCGACCUGACGCCCAAGGACGAGGGCAGCCAGCUCGGCUCGGACGGCAAGAAGCGCCGCAAGGGCUCGUCGGUCCCGAUCGCGUUCCGCCCGCCGCAGCGCCUGUUCAACCCGGACGAGGUCGGCAAGGCGUACAACCGCGAGGUGUCGAAGCGCGGCAACGUCUACUCGUUCAAGAACGACGAGUACGUCGACGGCUUCUGCGAGAAGGACGUCCGCAUCUCGGGCCUCACGAUCGAGGACGUGCACCCGUCGAUCGACGAGCUCACGCGCUUCCAGGGCGACAACGCCGGCGGCGCCGAUGGCUCGCUCGACCUGGCCCAGAUCGCCGAGGCGACGCGCAAGGUGUCCAAGUCGAUCCUCGAACCUGGCGACCACGUCGACAUCUUCGAGGGCGACCAGAAGGGCGUGUACGGCACGGUCGAGUCGAUCGUCAACGAGGUCGUCCUCGUCGCGCCGCACGCCGACCUCGACCUCGGCUCGACCAAGAUCGAGGUACCGGCGCGCAGCGUCCGCAAGCGCUUCUCCGCCGGCGACCACGUCAAGGUCAUGCAGGGCGCCAACGCCGACGAGACGGGCCUCGUCGUCAAGGUCGAGGGCGACGUCGUCACGUUCCUGUCGGACCUGAGCUCGACCGAGGUGAGCGUGUUCGCCAAGGACGUGCGCGAGGCGGCCGAGGUCGGCGCCGGCGUGAACGUCAUCGCCGGCUACGAGUUGCACGACCUCGUCCAGCUCGACCCGCAGACGGCCGGCGUCAUCAUCAAGAUGGAGCGCGACCAGUUCCGCAUCCUCGACCAGACGGGCACGGUGCGCGCCCUGCGCCCGAGCCAGAUCAGCCAGAAGAUCGUCGACAAGUUCGCCGUCGCGACCGACAAGGACGGGUUCGACAUCAAGCUCGGCGAGACGAUGAAGGAGUCGCGGCCCCGUCGCGGCAAGGUCCUGCACGUGUACCGCUCGCUGUUCGUCUUCCUCCACACGCGCGACGCGCUCGAGCACGGUGGCGUCUUUGUCUCGUACGCCCGCAACCUCGAGUCGACGGCGCCUCGGCCCAACAAGCCCAAGGUCGGCAUGGGCAUGAACCCGGCCAUGGCCGGCGGCAUGCCCCAGCCCCAGGUCCAGACGGGCAGCAGCUUCCGCCCCGACCAGCGCAUCAACCGCCGCGUCGCCGUCACUCGCGGCACGUACAAGGCCAACACGGGCAUCAUCAAGGACGUCACGGGCCAGCUCGCGCGCGUCGAGCUCCACUCGAACAACAAGGUCAUCACGGUCGAGCUCGCCAAGCUCAAGGAGCAGCUGCCCGACGGCACCCUCGUCGAGCUCCAGGAGCGCCGCGGCGACGGGUACGGCGGCGCGACCGUGUACGGCGGUGCGCUCGGAGGAGGCGGCGGGACGGGCAUGUACGGCGGCGGGCGCACGCCGGCGCCCAACUUCUCGGGCGGCAGGACGCCUGCGCCCGUCUUUGGCGGCGCGACGCCCCACAUGGGAGGCGCGACGCCGGCGUACGGCGCUCGUGGCGGCGCCUUCGACCCUGCCGGCCGCACGCCUGCCUACCCCGGUGCGACCGGCGGCGCGUUCGACCCCUCGGGCCGCACGCCUGCCUACGCCGGCGGCAAGACGCCGUACGGCGCGAGUGGCGGCCGCACGCCGGCGUACGGCGCCAAGAAUGGCUAUGCCGCCGCGAGUGCGCCGACGCCCGCGGCCAACGCUGCGCCGACGCCAGCGGCGAGCGGGAGCGGCGCGAGCGGGUGGGACGACGACGAGUGGACCGCGACCGGCGCCGUCGGCGCGCCGACGCCUGCCGCUCCUCGUGGAGGCGAGUACGCCGGCGCGCCGACGCCUGCAGCGGGUGCGCCGACGCCGGGAGCGUAUCUCGGCGCGCCGACGCCGGGCGUCUUUGCAGGCGCGCCCACGCCCGCAGCCUACCCGAGCGGCCCGACGCCCGGCGGCCCCGGAGCGUACGGCGCGUCGGCGCAGACGCCGGCCGGCGGCGCGUACCCGUACCAGACGCCGUACGCCGGCGCGGCGACGUCGGCCGCCGAGCCGCUCGAGGAGCGCCAGGCGAGCGUCGCCGCCGUCCCGCCGCCGAGCGAGUGGGUCAUCGAGGGCGUCAGGGUCAUCUGCAAGAGCAGCGCGUACCAGGGCGACCGCCUCGUCGGGCAAUACGGUAUCGUCACCGAGACGGCCGGGACAACGUGCAGCUUCACGCUCGACUCGAACGGCGAGAAGGUCGAGGGCUACCCGACGGCCGACGUCGAGCCGAUGCCGCCGUACGACAAGGACGACCCUGUUCUUGUCAUCGGCGGUCCUCAUCGUGGACAGCGCGGCAAGGCUGGCUUCCCCGACGGCGACGAGUGGAUGGUGGCCAUGCCCGGCGGCGGCUCGGCCAUCGUCAAUGUCAAACAGCUCGUGCAGCUCGUCUCGCAGUGACCGGAGCUCGCGCUCUUUCCUCCCCUGUUGCGCACGAGCCUCUCCCCCUCUUUCCCUCUCUCCUCGCCGUCUUUGCCUGGCAGUCAUCUGUAGUCACUUGCAACUCGAACAGAUCCCGCAUG